AGCCCGUAAUGGACUUACCUGGCACAGGUGCGGGGCUGUAAACGUUGACCUCACAUGGGUUAACCCAACUACUAGUAGGGUGACGGGUCGCGGACGCCUGACCAUACUGUUGAGCAGCUGACGGUCAGCUGACUCCCGUCUGUUAUCUGCUGACACCUUGAACUGCAAGUGCUCAGUAUACGAUGAACCAGGAGUUGAGGAAGAAGGUACUUAUGUGCUUCAAACAGUUGCAUCGUACACGCUUGACUGUGUUCCAGGGGGACACAACUGCACUUGCCGAGGCUCGCGAGAAAAUCAAUACUGAAUUUGCAAAGAAUAAACACGUGUCCAGUGCUGAUGCAGUAGAAGAGCUCUUAACAUUUGGGCAACAAGUGGAGCAAGUACUACGGACAACUGUUAUACAAGCUGUAAGGAAAGAAAAUGGACAUUACAGUGCAAGAAUUCUUAAAGAUACCACUAGACUUGACAGCAAGCCUUACCAGCCGAUGCCAGAGACUAUGAUUGGACCAUUCAAGAAGAAAAAGACAAAAUGUAGUGAUUAGAAGAUAUUAAAACCAUUUUGUCUGUGUGAAAAAUGCAAUUGGAAUAUUUUCCUGCAUAGUUAACAAAACUAAUGUAUAAAGUGUGAAGAAAUAAAGAUUUAAUUAAAGGUA